AUGGCAAGACCAGAAGACCCAGCAACUGACUCAGUAUUAAUGGAUCUGCCUUUUCAAGAUAAGGCUCUUCUCCAAAUGGAGUUAGCCAGAGCUAAUGACGAUGUCUACGCCGCCGAAAAAUCUACGGCCCUACAACACUUGACCACCAGACUAUCAAGCGUUGCUAGCCUUGAUCUCAUUGCCCUUCAAGCAUCAAAUGCCUCUAUAUAUCAAGCAGAAAUUAAUGAAAAUUUGGCGAGAUUCGCUAAACAAGCAAAGUCAUUCAGGCCGGUCCUCAAACAACAAGUAAUGAACAAGCUAGAUCUCUGCGAUGAUGGUGAUGCUAAUAAAACACCGCUCCUAGAUGCUGCGAAUGGUGCUGCCACUACCGUUCCAAAGAAGCGUGGUGGCAAAAGAACAAAGAAAGAUGAAGCAGGUGUUGGACAGCAACCAGCCCAGUCUAGAAAAAGAAGAGCAUCUUCCGAUCAUCUUGAUGAAUCAAUUGUCCUUGAUGAGUUCGUCUCUAAUAACAAGAGUCUGGGCGCUGACAACUUGGAGUCCGUCCAACAACCACUUGUUAAAAAGACUAGAAGAAGACGUGCUGCUGCUACAAAAGUUGAAGCCAUGCCUACUGGUGAGAAUGGCGCCAGCAAAACAGCCAAAAAUGGUGCCGCAAAGUUGGAAGAAUUUUCGGAUGCCGAACUUGAUGACGGCGAAACCAAGGUUAAACGCAAAAGGGCCAAGAGGAAAAUUGCUUCUAAACAAAAUAAUGAACAGAAUUCUGAUCAACCAACUCCAAAGAUAAAACUUAAAUUAAAAGCCCCAACAACCUCAUCACCUUCAAAUGGUACUGAUGAUGAAUCUAAUACCAAGCCUGCUGUUACCGCGCCAGCUGCUCCAAAACUUUCUCAAAAGGAAAUACGGGCCAUUAAAAGACAAUAUGAUAAUGUGUAUUUGAAUAUCUGGAAGGAUAUGGCGAGAAAAGACGGUCCAAGAACUCAUAGGAUGAUGGUUCAAUCUCAACAAGCCAAGAUCAUCAACUUGAGAAAGACAGCAUUAUUAGCCGCCAGAGAAUCCUCUAAAUGGAAAGUCAGAACUAACAAGAACUUGAAAGAUUUGCAAACUAAAGCAAGAAGAUCUAUGAGAGAAAUGUUCAACUUCUGGAAAAAGAAUGAAAGAGAAGAGCGUGAUAUGAGAAAGAAGGCGGAAAAAGAGGCGAUUGAUUUGGCCAAAAAGCAAGAAGAAGAAAGAGAAGCUCAACGUCAAUCUAGAAAGUUGAAUUUCUUGUUAACUCAAACCGAAUUGUAUUCCCAUUUUAUUGGUAAAAAAAUCAAAACUGAUGAAAUCGAAGGGGCAGAUAGAGAUUCCAAUUUGCAAGACCACUUCAAAACUGGAUCCAAACAUGCCGAUGUUGAAGAGCCAGUUAAUGCUACAAAAAAUGAUAUUGCCAAUAUUGAUUUUGAAAAUGAAGAUGAUGAAACCCUUAAAAGAAAGGCUGCAGAAAACGCUCAGUCCGCUCUUAUGGCCGCCAAAUCCAAGGCUGAUGAAUUCAAUAACCAAGAUGAUGAAAACGAAAUGAACUUCCAAAACCCAACAUCCCUUGGUGACAUCCAGAUUGAUCAACCAAAAUUAUUAACUUGUACUUUGAAAGAAUACCAGCUCAAGGGCUUGAAUUGGUUAGCUAAUUUGUAUGAUAAAGGUAUUAAUGGUAUCUUGGCAGAUGAGAUGGGUCUUGGUAAGACUGUUCAAAGUAUAUCCACCCUUGCGUAUCUCGCAGAAACUCACAACAUUUGGGGCCCAUUCUUAGUUGUCACUCCAGCAUCCACGCUUCAUAAUUGGCAACAAGAACUCACAAAAUUUGUUCCUGACUUUAAAGUCUUACCAUAUUGGGGGAAUGCUAAAGAUCGUAAAGUGUUGCGUAAAUUUUGGGAUAGGAAAAAUGUCAUCUACAAUCGUGAUUCUCCAUUCCAUGUCUUGGUCACUUCUUACCAAUUGAUUGUCGCAGAUGCUCAAUACUUCCAAAAAAUCAAAUGGCAAUAUAUGAUCCUUGACGAAGCUCAAGCUAUUAAGUCAUCUCAGUCAUCUAGAUGGAAAAUCUUACUUGGAUUGCAGUGCAGAAAUAGAUUGUUAUUAACUGGUACUCCGAUCCAAAAUUCCAUGCAAGAAUUGUGGGCGCUUUUACAUUUUAUUAUGCCAACGUUGUUCGAUAGUCAUGACGAAUUCAGUGAAUGGUUUUCAAAAGAUAUUGAAAAUCAUGCCACUAAUAAUUCCAAAUUGAAUGAGGCUCAGCUUCGAAGACUUCAUAUGAUUUUAAAACCAUUCAUGUUGCGUCGUAUCAAGAAAAAUGUCCAAAAGGAAUUGGGUGAUAAAGUGGAAAUCGAUGUUUUCUGUGAUUUGACAAACCGUCAACAAAGAUUGUACCAGAUUUUGAAGUCGCAAAUAUCUCUCAUUGACAUUCUUGAGAGUACUAAAAAGGGUGGCAACAAUAGUGGUGAUGAUAGUUUGUCCAAUCUUGUGAUGCAAUUUAGAAAAGUUUGUAAUCACCCAGAUUUAUUUGAAAGAGCUGAUACUAAAUCUAGUUUCAAUUUUGGGUCAUUCGCCGAUACCGUGUCAUUCCUGAAGGAAAGUAAUGAAUCUAUUUUGGAUGUGCGCUAUUCCAACCGAAAUGUCAUUAGCGCAACAUUGCCUACCUUAAUUUACAAUGAAUUGAUUAGACCUAAUGAAGAAAACUCAGUAGGGAUGCGCAAUAAGGUUGUGAAUCAUUUAUUGAAUAUUUGGAAUGAAGAUUAUUUACAUCACGACAUGGGCAAUGUGACCUCAAUGAUUGAUUUGCCAAAUUCAAAAGAAUUGAGAAAGGGCACUUUGGAAAAGGCUAUUUCUUUACAUUCAUAUAAUGACUCUUGCAAGACAGAAUCUGGAAAAUUGCAUGUCGUUAAAGGUCAUGACAAUGACAGUAUUUUAAGUAAAUUGAUGAAUGUCAAAGAUCAAUACUAUGAAGAAAAUUAUUUCCAGGUCAUGGACUCAGCUGCUGAGCCAAAGGCCACCGCUCCAUCGAUUGAAAUACUGUGCUCGAGUAGCUCAUUUGUUAUUGAAAAGAAACAUACUUUAUUCAAUCCAAUGAUCAAAAAAUCUCUUUUACCAAUGUCUCUCAAUGAGGAAUAUGAAUUAUUUGAGAAAAGGGUGCCAAUUUCCGAGUAUCCACAAACCAAUAUGAUGCCACAACCAAUGAAUAAUAAGAUUGGUUAUUCCACUAUUCGCAUUCCGUCAAUGAAUCGUUUCAUCACCGAUUCUGGUAAAUUGUCCAAGUUGGACGAGAUGUUGGUUGACUUGCAGAAAAAUGACCAUCGUGUUCUUAUUUAUUUCCAAAUGACAAAAAUGAUGGAUCUCAUGGAGGAGUACCUCACUUUCCGUCAAUACCAGUUUAUUCGUCUUGAUGGGUCAUCGAAACUUGAUGACCGUCGUGAUUUGGUGCAUGACUGGCAAACUAAGCCCGAGCUUUUUAUUUUUUUACUUUCCACUAGAGCUGGUGGAUUGGGUAUCAACUUAACUGCUGCUGAUACUGUAAUUUUCUAUGAUUCGGAUUGGAACCCAACUAUUGAUUCGCAAGCCAUGGACCGUGCCCAUCGUCUUGGACAAACCAAACAAGUCACAGUGUACCGUAUGGUUGUGCGUGGAACGAUUGAAGAAAGAAUGAGAGAUCGUGCUAAACAAAAGGAGCACGUUCAACAAGUUGUUAUGGAGGGCAAAGGUGCAGAGGUUCAGAAGGAUGAAUUAAAAGUUAAUGAUGAUGAAAAGAAGGAUGAUGUUAAAUUUUUGUUGUUUUAG